UUCAACACUCACUUUUCUGUUUCCUGCCGCCAUUCAGCAUGCCGAGAUUGCUGGGAAACGUGGCUGAAAGAACACACCACGUGCAUGGUCUGCUGUGAGAAAGUGCAAAAGAUUCAAAGAUUUUCUAAUGAUUUAGUCCCUUCUGAGAAAGACCACAGCAAUGAGCACAUUCAAGGCGACAACGGAUGUUCAGAUGACAUAAACUACAGGCUGGAACAAGUCAGCAAUGCCUUCAUGCGAUCGCUGGUUGAUGUGAAAUCAAGAUUCAAUGAUGUCCGGGAGCGUUUGGACGAAAUCAAGGCACACCUCAACAGGAAGAACAUGUCUUUCAUGCACGGCGAUGCCCGUCUGUCAGUCACGUCUGUUGAGGCUUCGUCUUUGUUAGAGCAGCUCCAUGUUCUAGAAGCGAUCAUGCAAGCCCCUCCCGGCAGCCGACCUCAAACUGCGUCUCCCGUCUGCCUGCUGGACGAAACUGCUCGACUUGGCGACAUGGUGAAGGAUUUCAAUGUUUACUUGGACAGAUGCGUGCAAGAGCAAGAAAACCAGGAGCAGCUUUCCGUCGACUCGAAGCAGAAGCCACAGAUUGCAAUGAAACUUCUCUCUUCCUGCUCGCCCCCUGUUGUUUUGAGCCAAUGGAGAGCGAUACUGCGGGUCCUGGACGAAAUUUUCGAAGAAACCCUCCCUCAGAUCUUGGAGGAUCUUAACUUGUAUGGACACCGUGAGGCAGGAAUGUGGAUGUUCGCUCAACGAAUGGAACAAAAAUCGAAUGAGUUCAGGAUGGAUGUCGAAGAAGACUUUCAGGUGAUCCUCCCAGAGAUCGAGUUUGUCAUCGUCCGGAUUCAAUCAUGCUUCGAUUAUGCCGAUCCUUCGCACAAAGAUUCAUCUGCUCGUAAACCUGACGAAUCCUAGCAACUAGCAGAUGUACCUAGUGCACUCUCUGAUCCCGAUUAGAAGUGAUUCCUGUUAUUUACUGUGUAAAGAUGCUUGAUCACUG